UUUCUCUCUGCCGACCGUCGUCGUUGCAGCACCAAGCUGGCUGUGGGGAAUGAUAGUUAGCUGCACAGUACCCUGUUCUGACAGGCAGCCGUAUACACUGCUUCUCUCAAAUAGGGAGCACACAUUUCCAAUUUCCUCCUAGUUGGUUCUUCUGAGGCGCCAUCUCAAGCUGACUGCUUUCUGAAAUAGAGAUGACAGUGGAUCUGUGGGAUGUAGUUUUCCAGAUGGGUAGCAAUGACACUGCAUCCUCAGCGAUGCAUGCAUCUUAGAUGCACAUGUAGGAGAUUGUCUUGGGAUAGGAAGUUUCAUGUACGUCCAGUAGUUUAGCCAGUGACAUGAUUGGAUUGAUGGUUUGCUGCAUCACCUGAUUGUUUGAGAGCUGUUUAUUCUGCAUGACAUCUGAGCAUCAAUCCUAACCUUCAAUGCUGUGGAUGCUCCUAGUAGUCAUUCUUAUAGUGUUUGUCUUCAGUGUGUCUACAGUUCUUCACUUUGCAAGUAAAAUAAUCCAUCUGCGUCUUCAAAUUUGGGAGUAUCGUGGUCAUUUGGAUUAUUCCUCUCGUCCCUUUGUUGACAGCCAAUACCCACCCUAAUUUACAUUUAACUUGUGUUUUAGAGCACCAAAAGGUGAAAUACCGUACUUGUUACAUUACAUUUCUGUGCACUGCUGUGUGGAGUGCAUCAUUUCUAUCAAACUGUUCCCACCAUUUUUAUUAUUUCUGUACGUUCAUUGAAGUUUCACUUCAACUUCAAUUUGUCGUUCUAGAGGAAGUGAAGUUCACAUUGAUCUUUAGAAAAGGAGUCACAAUAUUCCCUUUAAAGAUAUAUGAGAUGUUGUGUAUGAGUAUCGUCCACUGUACAUUGUUCAUGACAUUGCACAUAAUCUGAUCUAAAAUACAAAAAAAAAACUUGUUUGCAUGAGUACAAAUGGUGCAUUUAAUUUUUGGAACUAUCACAAGUUAAAGCAAGGGCUGGUUCACUAAAACACAACAUCAAACUGAUUGAGUCGUGCACAUCUAAACUGACAGUAAAUUAAGGAAACCUUUCCAGCAUGGAUGUGAAUGCCUCAUCUUGUGAUGGUGAACAGCAGGGCGGGGCAAUGGCUGAAACCAUCUAUUUGUGUAAUUUUCGGGUUUCUGUGGAUGGAGAAUGGCUGUGUUUACGUGAGCUUGCUGACAUGACAACCAGCUCACCAACGACACCUAAGUUACAAUCACCCGCAGAGGAAGACGAAGAAAACAGCGUGAUUAAGAACCCUAUGCUGGUUGAAAGAAGCAACCUUGUGAAUGUGGCUAAACUGUGCAUCAAGAAUCUGAUAGAAUCUGCAUUAGCCGAGUCCAGAACGCUGGAUGAUGAGCAUGUACCCCUACAACAGCUCUUUGUUGUCAUGGAACACAUCUUUAGCCAUGGAUUAAAAUCUAAGAAGACAUUUUUAGAGAAGAAGAAGUCCUUCUGGGGUGCUCUUGAGAGUCUUGAAAAGACCACUCCAGAUGCAGAAGACAUCACGGACAGUGUCCGUAACCUGCCUGGCAUCAAGACCAGUCUUGGGAGAGGAAGAGCCUGGCUAAGGCUUGCUCUGAUGCAGAAGAACCUUGCAGACUACUUCAAGGCACUCCUAGAACGUAAAGAUAUCUUAAGUGAAUGGUACGAUCAGAACGCCCUCCUACUUGAAGAAGAGGCUGCAGUAAUAGCUGGGCUGCUGGUUGGUCUUAAUGUCAUUGAUUGUAACCUGUGCCUGAAGGGAGAUGAUCUAGACUCCGCCCCCUCUGUUAUUGACUUCAGUUUGUAUCUUAAAGAUGGCAACUACCUGGAUAAGCCACAAGCAUCAAGUAGUGAGACAUGUGAUGUGAAUCUAACUGCAGUACUAGAUCAGAAGAACUACCUGGAAGAACACAACAGACACCUGACGUCACAGGUUACCGUCUUACAAAACAAGAUUAAGAAUCUUGAACAGUCCAGUAAUCAAGCUAAGGAGGAGCUUGCCGUUGCCAACAAUAACAUCUUGUCCAUUCAAGCUGAAAAUGACAGACUAAGAGUGGAGAAUGAUUCAAUGAAGAAAGAAGUCAAUCGCAAACUGCAGAGUGUACGAGCAGACAUGGACAUUGAGAGAGAGACGUAUAAUACAUCCCGUAUUGGUUUGAAUGAGCUUUAUGGUGAUGCUAAAGAUAAACUACUGCAUGAGUCCCAGAUGAGAACGGAUGCAGAGCAGGAGUUGAAGCUUCAAGUGAGUCUAAAGGAAGAGAUGGAGAUGGCGAUGAGAUUACUAGAGAAAGACAUCCAUGAGAAACAAGAUACAGUCAUCUCACUACGCAAACAACUAGAAGAUAUCAAAACCAUUAAUAUUGACUUGUAUAAUAGACUACAGUCAAGCAACAGUUCACUUCAAUACAAGUCGGAGCUUGUUGGGAAACUGGAAGAGAAGAAUGAACAAAUGACUGCUGCAAUGGUCCAGAUGGAAGAAAGAUUGAAGAAGGCGGAGAAAGACAAACAGGCAGCUGAGGAAACCUCACGCAAAUUGGGACAGCAAAUAGCGGAGAGGGAUGCCAAGCGUGCGGCAAUUGAAACAGACCUAAAGAUAGAGCGUGAAUGGCGUUCAUCUCUCCAGAAAGAUCUUGCUAAGGAGACUGAAUUGAUCAAUCAGCUCAAGGCAGAGAUGCUUGACGCUAAGAAACUUCAGGGAGAGUUAACAGCACUCACUGACAAACAUGAGAGGCUUAGAGACGAAUGCAUAGGACAAGAACAAGCGCUUUCUGAGAUGGGAGAUAAACUUAGCGAGUCAAGAUUGAAAAUGGAUAACAUGCAAGAAGUUGUGCAAUCUUUGGACAAGAGGGUAUGGGCAGACGAUAAGGAAAUUACUCACUGUAUGCAAUGUGAGAAAGUCUUUUCAGUUGCAAGAAGAAAGCAUCAUUGUCGUAACUGUGGAGGAAUCUUCUGUAAUGCCUGCUCAGAGAGCGUCAUGCCGCUACCGGCCUUUGCCAAACCGGUACGCUGCUGUGACCGGUGCCAUACACAACUCCUUCAACGAUACUCGGUAUCAUAAGGUAUUGUUUCGCUAUGACGGUGCUCAUGAUGUAGUUUGUUGACACAACAUUGCAAUGUUAUUCGACGAGGAUUAAGUUGAAAACUUCUCAUUAAGACUAUGAUGAAUAUGAUAUGCCAGGGCUGUAUUUCACAAAGCACUAAGAUUCUUAAGAUGAGAUUGUCUGUGAGAUAGCCAAACGUUUUAAGAGUGGAUGAUUGAGUCGAAAGACGAAGAGACAAUAGUCUUUUGUAACCUCACAUCACUUAGCAGUUAAGAGCAAUCUUAGCUCUUUGUGAGUGAGAUCAGCACUGGGGUGGAUUUCACAAAGAGUUAGGACAAGUCGUAACUUAGCACAAGUCCUAGUAUAGGAGAUAGGAACAACUUAAGGCUAGUCCUAGGUUAGGACUAGUAACUCCUCCUAACUCAAGAUAAGACUACAUGUAGUCUUAACUCUUUGUGAAAUCCACACCAGGUCUGAUGCUAGGAAAGUUGGUCAGUCUAUGCAGUUCUGAGAUUAACAAUAUUCAAGCCUAGCCUGGAAUUGGUGCCCUAUAGACAUCACUGGAUCAAUGGAGUAGGGUGCCAUCACACACAGGUCAAAAGGUCGUUGUUACAUGUAAGCAGCCUGCCUACUGAGGUGCACCAUGUGUACUUGUUAUACCUCGGUAGCAAACUGUGAAGUUUGAUUGGUCGAGAAUCAACCACGUGCCGUGCAACAAGUGCGCAUGUACCACGGCUGCACAGCCAGCGGGUAACAUGAGUGAUGUUAACCGGUGUACAUCACCUUGAUCUUUCCCAGCGUUGUUCAAUUUCCAGCGCUUAGUACGAAACUAGAUUCGAGGGAACAGUGAAGAAUGGUUUCUUGUAUGACUGCUCGUCUGCUAUUAAACUUUGCAUACUCGUCGUAAUUAAUGUUUGAAGAUGACUACAGAACUUUGAGAAGAAAAGAGGAAUAACCAUGUUACCAAGGUAUAACAAAACAAUUGUUGCACGCUGUGAUUUGGGUUACAUGGGUUUUGUACACAUGACGCAAGUACAUGUAGUUCAAUGUACACAUAUAACCACUUGGUGAAAAGGAUGUAUACUUUCCAUGUUUUUGGUGGCAAAACUCUGAUAUUCUUGAAUAGAGCUUUCCCGCAAUGGGUCCAUUGUUCAACUCUGAUGUUGAGUAUUCUAUGAUUCUCUACCAAAGCAAAUUUUCUUAACUGCUAGUGCUGCAGAACAUUUCCAUCUGAAUAUAUCUCUUGUACAGUUGCUUUACAAGUAAGAUUUGUGUGGGAAAGUUAGAGUCGAUUGGAUGAGUCUUAGCCCAGACGAUAUGCAUCUGCAUUAAGUAAUGAAUGAUUGUUGGAGAUUACUUAAUGAAAUAAAUCAUUAUUUAUGUCGUGUGUACUGUGACUAAUCCAUUGUGAUGCGCUGAAUGGAAUUGUAUAUAUAAUGUAACCUGUAAUGUGUAUAUGUGGAAACAUAGUGUCACAUUCCAGUUUGUUGUAUGUGGUUAGUAAAUGCACACGCAAAUAUCCACAGUGUACUGUAUCAGACUUAUCAUGUAGAUAAUGCUACCAAUUGUAAUUUGCUUCCAUUAAUGCCACAUUUGCCUUUGGAAAUUUAAUAAAACAAAUAGACAAUAAGGAUGUUAUUUUGUGCCUACCUUGAUGAUCAGUAGUGGUUUUGUUUGUCAGAAUUUAAUCAUUGUUCAUUUGCUGCCAGUAUUUGAUUUCAUCAGGGUGUUAUUUUGUGUGCACAGUCACUAUCAUGGAUACACUUAUUUUUACAAAACAGACACCAAAACGAACAACAGAUAAAUAUUGAGUAUCUCUUUGCAGAUCUUGUAUUUGUCAAACUUGAGCACUUUAUAUUCAUCAUUGAAACAGCGAUUGUUAAUUCAUAACAUAGAGAUAACUACUACAUCAGUGUUUUUUCUUAACUUGUUCAAAUAUUGGAAUGAACCCAGUUGUGUUUGACCAUUACGUUAGAGGACACCUGUUCCAGGGCCCAAUUUCAUAGAGCUGCUUAAGCAUAAAAUUUUGCUUAGGCAAUAAAAGCCUUGCUUAGUAAAAUCAGUUUACCGGCCAAACAUUCACUCAAUUCUUAUGGUAAGUUAACAACAGCUAAAUACCAGGCACAAGCAUUUGCCAGUACCAUGUGUAGAAUAAGCAAGCUGUUUUCGUGCUUAAGCAAUUUUUUUUGCUUAAGCAGCUCUAUGAAAUUGGCACCUGAUCUGUAUUGAAGCAAUCCUAUUAUAUUGGUUUUGUACUCAAAUGACUAGUGAGGACCCAUGAAAACAAAGAACCAACUAGUGAGGACCCAUUGUUCCUAUUGAAAAAAAUAUCCUGGGAGGGUGGGCCAUUCAAACCAACCUACAUGUAUGAUUGUUGUGCUCUUGUACACGAGAUGUUCCAAUAAACACUUCAAACCUACAGCCACGUAUAAGUUGCCACUAUUAGCAUUUAGGUCUAUUCUCAGAGCUAGACUUUAUCACAAUCAAGGUUGAAUCGCUGAUUGUUUACUUUUUUGAUAAACCUUUCAUUAUUCAAUAUUCCUGAAAGGGACUUGCCAUCUUAAAUUUUGAAACUAGAACAGAUCAUGAAAUUUUGUUGUUAUUUGCUUGAUUUUUGGACUCCAGAAGACUUCAAAAAUGGAUGUGUUUCGUUCUUAAAUUCUGCAGUUGGUAAUACAUGUACAUGUAUAAGUAUUUUGUAAACAUGUUGUACUGUCCAAUGUCCAAGGUGAUGACUUGCCAAUAUACUACAACAAUAUGCAAGUGGUUAAUAUGCCAUGAUUAGUCAUUUACUAAUGGGUGACUGUUGAAUGAGGUGUAUAUAUAGUAAACAUGUAUAAUGGUACCAAAAAGCAAAAAGCAAGUAAAAAAAAAAGAAAAAAAAACUCACAACAAACAUCACAAUCCCAGAGAAAAUAACACAAUAAAGAGAAAACAA